AUGUCAAAGGAAGUAAAAUUUGAAGGUCAAGUUUUUAAUCAUGGUUUGUUUAUUAACAAACGAGGAAUACUACCUGCUAAUUGUCUAGCAUGUGACUUUCAAGCUCAACAUAAAAUUAUAGAAUUUGAUGAUUCGACUAAAAGAUCUCAAAUUAAAUUGGUGUUUUCCACAAAACCUAAAGAUGCAUUUCUGUUGAAAAACCAUGUUGAUCCUCGCACUAUUGAUUCAAAAUACGAUGGUUGGAUUUUUGAUAUCGUCGACGAAUCAUUUCCAGUUUAUCUAGCGAUAUUGUGCCCACAUGCAGAGUUGGUUUUCGAAAAAAUAAAACCCUCUGAGAAGCUAAAUAAUUUAGUAAAAGAUUCACUGGAAAAUAAUAAUCCCUACGAUAAAUUAAUGGAUCUAUUUAAAUCUUAUGGAUAUUUUUUGUGUGAAAGGGUUAUUUUCGGGUAUAAAUUAUCUAAAAUAUGUUAUUUAAUUGAAAUGUGCGGACAGGAAUUGCAUACAAAAUUAAUAGAUUUUAAUGAUUCUGCAACGUGUAAUGAUAUUUUAUAUGAAUGGGGAAAUCUUAUUAGACCAUACUUUGAUGUAUCUUACUUGACAUCAAUCAAUGGAAAUACUGUUAAGAAAGAUAGUCUUCAUGAAUGGGUAUCUAAUUUAAAAGAUGACGAGCCAUUACAGGUUGUCGAUUUGAAAUUAGUUCUUAUUACUGGAACAGUUUCUAUCAAAGCUUCUACUAACUAUUAUCGUGUAAAAUUCCCUGAGACUUUUAAAUCCAGUAAUUAUAAAAUUUUUGGAAAACUUGUAUCGCAAAAUAAUCCAAUUAAUACAGCAGUAAUUAAAUUUCAAUCUAUGAGUAUAUCCGGGUUUUCCAUAGUAAUCGAAAAUUUUAACAUAACGGGAAACUCUCAAAUAGUCUGGAUGUUGAUUGGGUUGCCUUCGGAAAUUAGAUAUUAUAGUAGAAACACACGAAAAAUUCGUGUAUUUUUCUCAAAUGAACGUCCAUUUAAAUACGAAGAACACUUGAAAAUCCCAUUAAAGGUUCCUAAAAAUCUUCCAACAGGUUCAAUAAUAUGCACAAAUAUUAUAUACCCUCCGUCAGAUUGUGAGACAAAAUUAACCUCUAACAUUCAAAAUUAUCAUGACAAAGUUGUAAUUAACAUAUCAAUCGAUGGUAAAAAAAGAAGUCAUUACGAUAACAACAACGAUGAAAAUGAAGAAUAUUCACACAACUACAAUGAAGAAUAUUUACUCCAAUG